CUCAAGGCACGAAGCUCCAAGGCAGCAUGAAUCAUCGCAUAGCAGACAGACGCAGUAGUAAAAUAGACGCAGCGGAUUCUGUAUAAGAUGUUCGCAUUUCCCGUGCCUCUUCUCUUUCUCUGUUCCGUUAUCUCUCCUUGGAACUGAACCGAGGGUCAGAUACGUUCUGUAUGCUCUUCCCAGCUGCCGUUUCUCUUCCGCUCGUCCAGACGCCUGUCUCCGCUACCCCGGCAUAACGCAGUAACCCAAUUCCCCACGCCUGGUCUGUUUUCCGAAUUAUCUCCAGGGCCCUGGCGCGCGGUUUGGUCCUGAGUCAUAAUAAAAUAUCGUGACCCUCGAUUCCAAAUCCCCCAGGUGUUGCGUUCUGCAAGCGGAGAAGAAGCUCAUAUACUCCUCCUUCUCCCCGAGUCCCAACGGUCUGCACGACUACACGCUUAGGCCUUACCUUCUUUGGACCUUCUUAGUUUUCCGGAUCUCGUCUUGUCAGUUUCCUCUGCCUUUUGGGUAAAUCUCCGACGGAAGCUGUCCGUUCAUUACACAUUCCUCGAUUUGAACCAUGUCUUCAAAAGGCAGCACCAGUGGUAAGGCGGCGUCGCCCGCUGUCAACUUGAUAGCUGGCGGUGGUGCUGGUAUGAUGGAAGCCCUCGUUUGCCAUCCCCUAGAUACUAUCAAGGUCCGCAUGCAGCUUUCGCGGAGAGCGACGGCACCAGGGGUUAAACCCCGCGGAUUUAUCAAAACCGGCGUGGACAUUGUGAAGAAGGAAACCGCCCUGGGCCUGUACAAGGGUCUUGGAGCUGUCCUGGGUGGUAUCAUUCCCAAGAUGGCCAUUCGAUUUACUUCGUACGAUGCGUACAAGCAAAUGCUGGCAGACAAGACGACGGGCCAGAUUUCGCCUCAAGCCACCUUCCUUGCUGGUCUUGCCGCUGGUGUGACUGAAGCCGUGGCUGUCGUCAACCCUAUGGAGGUUAUUAAGAUUCGUCUGCAGGCGCAACAUCACAGUCUUUCAGACCCCGUUGAUACUCCCAAGUACCGGAGCGCCCCUCACGCCCUAUACACGGUGGUGAAGGAAGAAGGAUUCAUUGCUCUCUACCGCGGUGUCUCUCUAACUGCUCUCCGACAAGGAACGAACCAAGCUGCCAACUUCACCGCGUACUCUCAGCUCAAGGCCGCGCUCCAGCGAUUGCAACCAGAAUACAACAACAGCCAGCUUCCUGCGUAUCAGACAACAGUGAUUGGAUUGAUUUCGGGUGCCGUGGGCCCCUUCUCAAACGCGCCUAUUGAUACCAUCAAGACUCGACUCCAGAAGACCCGUGCCGAGCCUGGCCAGUCCGCCAUCGCCCGCAUCACCAGCAUCGCCUCAGACAUGUUCAAGCAAGAGGGGGCACGCGCUUUCUACAAGGGUAUCACUCCACGUGUGAUGAGAGUCGCACCUGGCCAGGCAGUGACUUUCACUGUGUACGAGUACUUGCGGGGCAAGCUCGAAGCAUCGAACUGGUCCUUUGUGGGUGGGACGUUCGAAGAGUGAUUUUCGCGCGCCCUCGCAUGGAUUGAGCCCCCUCCACCUUUCUUUUUUCUUUUUCUGACUCAAUUUGGCUGCGUUAUUUUCGAAAGCGUUUCAUAAGUACCAUAAAGCUUGGUGGCGUUUGUUUACGACGGCCUCAGGGGAACACAGGCAAUUGUAUAUAUGACUGACAAAAUCGGUUCUUUUGUCUUUUAGAUACCAUUUUUUUCGGAGACUUGGCUAGAAUACAAAAGAGCUGUUUUCAUGGUUGUGCUGUUUGUGAACGUCUUCGCUCCCGUAGAUGAUGGUAAAGAGAGAUUCAGGAUGCCUACCAACCAA